AUGCCGGGUCUCCCCUCCUCGUGGCAGCAUGGGGUGGUCCAUGUACUUGAGAUACUCCUCGCAGCUCCCUUCCGUCAGACCCUCUUCGCUGCCCGCGAUGAAGCCGAAUCCCACACACCCGAUCGCCUUGAGGUGACAGCACUGAAGGACAAGGCUCCCCGGCCCGGCGCCAUGGCGGCGCUGGGUAUGGUGGUGGGGAAGGACGGGAGGGUGGAGGAGGUAAGGUAUGGCAGCCCAGCUCACCUGAGCGGCACCAUUGCGCUGGGCGAUCGGAUCCUCUCUAUCGAUGGGCGCAAGGUGACGAGACCGUCCGAUGCAGAGCUGCUGGCUGAGAGCGGAGUCAUGGGUUCCUUGGCUCUAGUGGAGCUGCUCUGCGGAGACAGAGAGGAGGAGAGGUUUUCAGUUCACCUGGUGAGGCAGGAGCAGGGAGAGGAGGAGGAGCAGGAGGAGGCUCGCAAGGAGUCAGCGGGCAUCGGCGUCAAGGUCUCCGUCAAGGUCGAAGAUGGCUCUACCAAAGUGAGGAUCGUGGCGCUUACGGAAGGAGGGGCAGCAGAUCUGUCGCAGAGCUUGUCGAUGGGAGACAUCAUGAUAGGGGUAGAUGGGGUGUCCCUCGCAGAGCUCUCCCUCAAGCAGAUCGUCAACAAGUUCGAAGGGAGGCCAGGGACGAGGACUAGGAUCCUGGUGAGCAGGGAGGGCAGCAUCUAUCAGGCUAGCUUGAUCCGGACCUCUCCCCUCCGGUCCCAGCGAUCCUUGGAGAAGCUGAGAGCACUCAAGGACAGGCUCGCACUCCUGACCACUGCCCCCGCCCCUGAGUCCUACGUGACGUCUGUCUGCACUGACCUUGUGCUAGUCCUGGUCCCGAACAGUGGCUGGACGAUCAAGCACGUCGGCGGCAUCAGCGGGGAAGGGAAGGCGCACUGGAGGACGACGAGAGCAGAGGACGUGAUUGUAGAGAUCAACGGAAAGCCCAUCACAGACAAGAGCAGCAUCUUCCAGCUCCUGUUCUUCCUCGACGGGCCAUCCGAGGAAGACGAGGUCUGCAUGAAGCUGCGGCGCAAGUUGCCAUACAGCGGCAACAACCUGGAGAUCAGGUUUGAGUCCUGGACUUGGUCGGGGGAAGUGACACUGCUUCCCUCCCAGGAGGAUGGCGCCUCUCCAGCAGAGCACGGGGAACAGGAACGACCGCAGCCCUUGGAACUGCCAGUCAGAGCACAGGAGGAGUCGAAGGAAAGGGGCAAGCUUCCGUUGGAAGCGAAAGUUUCCCUUCAUGUCACCAAAUCGCCGAGGACGAUCGAGUCCACCGUACGAGAGCGCCGCCUGUCCCACUCUUCCGCUGAGCAGGACGGUCGGGAAGACUCCCCCCGCAUCAGGGACGCGAGCACGGAGGAGGAGGCAGCAGAGCGGUCGACGAGCUACCACGAAGACCGGAACGGCAUGCCGUCUCCGCACUCCUCCUCCUCUCCGGCCAAGGAGUCGUCCAUCCUGAAGUACUGCAGGGCCUGUAGCUUGCCCUUCCUCGAGUCACUCGUUAUGAAGGAGCUGCCUUUCAUCUCAAGAGUCUUCUUCUUGCGUCGCCAGGUGCAGCAGGACGAGCUGGCAUGUCUGCUGGAGUUGAGGAGCGACGAGGGAGGGAGGCUGGAUGAGGCAGGCCGAGCGUUCGCCAGGAAGCUAGAGAGCUCGGCAAGCUCUGUCAGGGAGGCGCUGGCUUGCAAGCAGAUGCAGCAAGCUGUCAAGGAUCGACUGGCAGACAUCAACGACUCGCUCCCGUCGCUGGGGAUGGUCGCCCUCCUCACCCAUGGCUUCACUCGUCGCAAUGGGCUUCUCAGCAGAGGUGAUGGUACAGCUGGCCCCGGUGAUCGUGGGGCUCCUGCAGCAGUGAAGGAGGUGGAGACUCGCUCACUUCUCAUCCUUCCUGAGGAAGUCGUUGCAGGCCUGGAUGGUGGGGAUGUCGCAGGCAAGCUGGAUGGGGGUCUUACUGGCCGCGUUCUUGGCUAG